AUGAAAAAAGCUGUCGCUUCUUUACCCAAAAUUGGAUUAAAUGCUCGUCAUCGAAUAAUUGCUGAAGGUGGCAUUCCUCCUUUACAAUAUGAUUAUGAACGAGAAAAAUGGGCAAUGGGGGAACGUUUUGGGCAAUAUGGACUUAAAAGCGGUGUGGAUAUUCGACGUUUAUGGCCGUCUAUUGAGGAAGUUGAAGACAUUACAUCUCUCAGGAUGCAUAGAAAAGCUAAAGAAGCCGCUGAAUUGGCAAAAAAUAAUCAAAUGUUUGAAGAAUUGAGACGUGAAAAUAGGCUUAAAAAAAUCGAAGAAAACUGGAAAAAGCAUGACGCAAUGUUAGAAGAAUAUUAUGAAGAAAGAGCUCAAUCAAUGGAUCAGAAAAAAAUGGAAGGAGAAGAAUUGCAAAGAAAAAUUCGACAAGUCCAAGAAUAUUUUGGUUAUUGGGUUGAUCCAGAAGAUCCUCGUUUUGAAUUUAUGUUGGCACAGAGAGACGAUGAAGUUAAAUUACAAGAAAAGUUGGCUAAACAAAAAGCGAAAAAGGGGAAGAAACGUCUAAAAUUGACUCCACAAGAGGACGGAAAUGAAGAAAAGAGUGAAACAAGUUAA